AUGCAAGUUGCUAGCGGAAAGCGAAAGGUGUCGGCCUACGCAGUUCAGCAGGACGAGCCAGCGGCUAGUCAUAAGGAAACCGAGCUACGCAGGUUCGACAGGGCUGGUCUGUUAUCUGACUUAAAUGACGUCAAAAGUCCUACGAAUAACCUAGAGGCUUCAUCGUUAGCAGGGGUAUUUGGCUAUUCCGAGGAUAGUCACACUAAUACCCUAGCCCUUUUACAGACAAGACGAUCAUACUACGAAGAAGGCUUUGAUGGUAAAAGCCAUGACCUAUCAAGAGAGAUUGUGGCAGAUGCUCAGCAGAUUCUGCAUAGCAUGCCUGAGCGUCCAAUCUUGGAUUUCCUCAUUAGACACUUUGUAGCUGAAGUGAAUUGGAUUGACCAGCUAAUCUACCUUCCGUGGUUCCUUGAACAAUAUCAACUCUGGUGGACCAGCCAAAAACAUUCAUCAGUAUUCGACCUAGAGUUCGCAGUCGCCAUUCUGAGAAUAUGUUCUUACACGUCCGAGUUUCUCCCUUCCAAAUCUUGUGUGAUCGAGAAUAUUCGUGGAAUGGACCUCGCAGACAUCCGCCAGGCGUGCGACGAUGUUGCUGACAAUAUUGCAAAGAAAUGCACCUACAUUAACCCUAAAGGGAGUCUGCUUCGUGUACAGCACCUUUCUUUUGCGGGACUUAAGUGCCGUUGCGAGGGACGUAUUAAUGAUUUCCGAGAUAAUCUCAAGAGUGCGAUACAGGUUGCUCAGAAUAUCGGAAUUGACAAGGAUGAUACAGAGGCAUCCUCUGACAGGGGAGAAUUGGAGAAGGAAAUGCGACGAAGGGUAUUCUGCAACUUGUAUAUUUGGGACAGGCAGCUGGACCGCAAUUGCAUUUACCCAUAUUGCCUGAAUCCUGGAAACAUGCCACGGAUGCACCUAGGUUCCCAUCUCGAAGAAAACAAGGAUCUAGAUGAAUUCACAGAACGUCUUUUGCAAGCCCGUUUGGCCAAUUUCUGGAAGACUGUUCGGGUUGAUUGCAAUCAUGGGCAUGACCUGGUUGGUGCUGAGGAGCGGUAUGAAAGAUUCUGCAAUGAAUACCUCGCAAACCUUCCAUCUGCUUUUGCCUUGAAACCCAACAUGCAGUGGGAUACGCAGCUUUCCAUACUCCCAAAGCAACGAGAACUUUUACAUAUCUCUAUCUUUGAGUCUCUUUGUUAUAAUUUCCGGUCAACACUGUUACAAAAUCUACGCCAGGCUCAAAACUUACCCGAGUACAAGCAGGUUCUACUACUAUCCCAGCGAAGACGCCUCGCGAUUGCGGCAUUGCAUGUUCUCACGUCUGCUUCGGCACUACAUGCGCUAAUGAGCGGCUCUCAAACACGUCUUCCAGACAUUAUUCGACCGACAUUGGAAGCCGCGGUACUCCUGGUGAACCUUUCUCUUGAUCAAAGUUUGUUUGAAGGAGUUGGUAAUAGGCGUUACAGCCCAUCAAGUAUAGAUCCCCUUGAAGCUGGCAUGACCUACCUCACGCUAGAGGAGUGCAUCUCGGCUAUUCGUGGUGCACUCGCCCGAUUACAGAUAUUAGCGGAAGUCAGUCACAUGGCAAAAAUAAGUGCUCAAGCUCUCUCACAGCUCCUGCAAAGAACGAUAGAUCGGUCUGGGCCAGUACAACCGAGAGCAAGACCGUCAUAUCUGGCUAACGAAGUUGGUGGUCAUCAGUCUAAUACUGAAUUAAAAACCAAGGAUUUAACCGCAAAUUCAGAAUCACGUCGAGGGUUUUUACCUGGUACGGCCAUGGCCACUGAUCUUGAUUACUCGGACAUGAACUCGGAGGAACUAGAUUCUGGGCUUUGA